CGUUUUGAUCCGACAUCGAACCAACUUGCCACAGUCGCUCCUGUACGUGGCCGCACCACCCUUCUCCCGCGCUGUCGUGGUCGAUCAUUAAGAUAUCAGCCCGCCAUGGAUGUCGCUCUCGAGCUUCUCGACCCCCUCAUUUUGGACAGGGCCUAUGCCUGGUUGCUGCCCUCCGAUCGCAGUCUCCCCGAUCCGACGUCGCGAUGGGACCGCGACAACAUCUAUCGCCAAGUCAUCUCGAUUCUCGUCAUCACGCAACUCGGCGCGACCUCCCUCUACCUCUUCUUCAGCGCGCUCUCCUACUACUUCAUCUUCGACCGACGGCUCGAGUACCAUCCGCGCUUCUUGCCGAAUCAGGUCCGCCAAGAGAUCAAAUCAUCGCUGUCCGCCAUUCCCUUUAUCAAUAUCCUCACCCUGCCUUGGUUCCUGGCUGAGGUCCGUGGCAAAAGCUUGUUGUACCGCUCGGUCAGCGACUAUGGCUGGCCCUGGAUGGUUAUCUCGUCCAUCCUCUACAUGGCUUUCAAUGAUAUCGCCAUCUACUGGAUUCAUCGCCUAGAGCAUCACCCCAGCGUGUACAAGUACAUUCACAAGCCACAUCACAAAUGGAUCGUUCCCACGCCAUGGGCUGCGCUGGCAUUCCACCCGCUCGAUGGAUAUGUGCAGUCUCUGCCAUACCAUGCCUUUGUCUUUAUUUGCCCCAUGCAGCGACACCUGUACAUGGUUCUCUUCGGUGCGGUCCAGAUCUGGACCAUCUUCAUUCACGACGGCGACAUGAUUUCGGGCCAUUGGACGGAGAAAUUCAUCAACAGCCCCGCGCAUCACACACUGCACCAUAUGUACUUCACCGUCAACUAUGGGCAAUACUUCACCUGGGCCGACACCUAUUUCGGGUCGCACCGGGCCCCGGAGCCCGCGCUGGAUCCGCUCCAUGAUGCUCUCAAGGUGAUGCGGGCGAAAGGCCUCGUGGAUGAGCAGGGCAACCCAAUCAAAAAGCCAAAGGGGGAGUGAAGCCCUUCGAUAUCCCAUGGGAAUGGAUGUCUUUGGUAUAUAUGCAUAUGACGAUUAGACGAAGAGCCGUCUCCUGUACAACCAAUCUAGAGCAAUACUUAAUGUUAAUGUAUAUAUAGACGCAAGUUUACUGGUCUCAGUGCUUUCGAAAGGCGGCAGAUUUGUCGGGAUGAUCAAGAUUUGGUUAUGCAUCGAGUUACCCAUAUGAUUCGCUCCGAGCUCGCUUCUACCUCAAGAAUGUCAUGGCUCGGAUGUAAUCACUCGAAGUGGAAACGAGAUCUGCAGAUGCGCGCAUCGAUCGAGUAGUGUCAGUU